AUGCAUUCACAUCCACUCGGCCACAUUUCCAUAGGCGUGAGGGACUACGAGAUAGCCAAGCGCUUCUACAGCGCCACGCUUCCCCUCAUCGGCCUACAUCUUGUCUACGACAGCACCGAGACCGCCACUCAGAGUCCUUCAUCUGGGAACGAUGACGACGAGGGGCCUCGGACCCUAGGCUUCGGGCCAGAUGAGGAGAAUGAGCUGCUCAACAUCUUUGAGUAUGGCCGACACGCGUCCGCCCCGGGGCCGGGCAGCCACAUCGCCCUCAACACGGACUGCCGGGCCGUCGUCGACCAGUUCUACGAGGCGGCGGUCCGGAACGGCGGAAAGAGCAACGGUGCGCCGGGCGUGAGGCCGCAUUAUGGGAGGGCGUACUAUGCUGCGUUUGUUAUUGAUCCUGAUGGGUGGAGGUUAGAGGUUGUGUGUAAGGAGGUCGUCGGCGAGGGGGACCAGGUGGAGAAGGGUGAGAAUGCUACAGCCGUUUGA